ACUUCUUACACAUGAUGAGGUUGACAUAGAGUCUCGAGCCACUUGCACAGGGAGGACGGGAACCGUAUGAGGGUGAUACAGCGCCGGGGCUGGCUCACAGGCGUGGGCCAGGCUUUCCGUAAGCCAGAUCGCCAUUUCGGUGUAAAUGUAAAUGCUGCUGAACUUGAGGUUCAAGCAAAAAACGUCGGCGCGCAACCCGACCCUGAUGUGGCAUUUUUGCAACUUCUAUCGCAGAGCUUUGGGCAAGGUUCAUCGCCUCGCCCACUCCUCGCGAACAUACCUGCAGCUGCUGAAUUGAUGGGAAACGCAGUCCUUCAAUCCCCAAGCCCUCAGCCCCUCUACGACUUGCCCACUUUCCUGGAGACGGCCUACCCGCAGGCCAGCGUCCAACCCCGUAAUCCCGGCUAUGAUUGGCGCAUUUGGGCCCGCAAAAAUCUUACAUUGGAAAGCCUCUCUGCCUCCGCAAAGACUGAUGACCAGCAACGACCGCAGCAGCAGCAGCAGCAGCGGGAGGACCUGCUGGCUCUGCUGCUGCAGACCGAUGCGCACAUGCAGCUUCCCGCAUCUCGGCAGGAACUCCUGCGAAUAGCCAAGCUGGAGCUAACCCAUUUGUGGUAUUAUCAGCAGCAACAACAACAACAGCUGCAACAGCAGCAGCAGCAGCAGCAGCAAGGCCGACGCGUUGGCGCGGUAUCACCGCUGGAGGGCGCUCGUUCGAACGGGCCGAACGGCGCGCAGUCGUCUUCGUCAGCGGCCGCCGCAGCCUCUGCGCUCAGCGGCAACGAGGGCUCUCUAGGAUCAUCGCAACAAGGUCAGCAGCAACCGCAUCAGCAGCUGCAGCAGGGGGAAGGUGGAGGAGGUGCUGCAGCAGCUGGUGGUGGGCCGCCAGGGGUUGCUGUGACUGCGGGGCCGCUGCCGCCGAGUGCCGCAGCAAGUGCGGCCGGACGAAAGUUGCGGCUCCGGGAGCUUCAGAGGCGGGCUGAGGCGUACGGACAGCUGAGGACGGGGUCGCUCGCAGCCACCCUCCGGAAUGUUGGGGAGGCUUUUGGGCAGCGAGUCUCGUACGGGAAGAACGCAUACGGCGAUGGCGGCGCCGGUGCCGACGGUGCAGCAAAAACUGCGAUAGCCACGCAAAUGGCAUUCAGCGUUGGCGCCGGUGCGACUCAUGCCGCAGCGCUGCGUCAGACGGCUAAUGCCGCCGCGGACACGCAGCUGUUGGGAGCGGAUGCAAAGUCAACGUCCUCGUUGUCGUACUGGGUCGAGCACCCGCUUCUGUCUUAUGGCGACAACAUCUUGGCGCUGGCUGUCCGUCGGAACGCAACUCGCCGGCUGGAGUCCUCGUCCGGGUCAGACGGCAAGGCCAGUUUGGCAGCCGCAGUGGCCUCCCUCAGCAGCUCCUUGCCGCGGCAGGUGCAGGACGCCGCGGGGCCCCCAGCCACCCCGGUGUUGUCGCUGCUGCUGGACUAUCUGAAGGUUAAAUACCUGGACGUGCUGCAUGCCUGUCCGCAUUACGAACUGUGGCAGCGUGUUUGUAUGAUUAUGUACGUUUAUACAUUUCGCUGCUGGCUGGCUAUUGCUUUGAGCAGGGAGGUGGCCGAGCAGCUGCACGCGGCGACCGAACGAGUGCAUCGUGAAAAGGCGCGGCAGCAAGCGACGAUGACAGUUCAGGUAAGCGAGUUGCUGCCAGCUACCGUGCGUGACGAGUUGUCGCGCACCUGGGCCCAGGCAGCUGCAUCGUUCCGCCCGGAGGUUCUGGAUCCCCUGCUUCAACAACCGGUGCCUGUCGCCGCCGCCGAGGCCACGGGUGCUGGUCCCUCAGCGGCUGCGACGGCAUGGGAACAACUGCAGAGGACAACCGCCCAGCAGACUCUGCUCACGCCGUUGGACUGGAAGGAGGCUGAGGUGAUGCUGAGCGACAUCGCCGCGCGUCGGGAUGCAACGUUGUCCGCUCCCGGCAACGGCGGCAACGACAGCGCUGCGUCCAUUUCUGGUGAUAACCUCCGAACGGCCGUUGUGCAGCGUGCGCUUGCGCCGGUUCUCGCUGCGGCGAUUGCACGCCACCAAGCGCUGCUUCGGGGGCCCCAUGGCAGCGGUGAUAUCGGUGGCGGCGCUCUCUCCGCCAGCACCGCCAGUACUGCUAGUACCACCAUGUCGACCACGUCGGCUGCAUCCGCGUCGGAGUCCUCCGCUGCCGCGCUGCCAUCCGCCUCCCGUUCCGCCGCCACGGUGGUUUGCUUCCGGGAGACCUUGGUGCUGGACGCCAGUUCCGCGUUCGAGGACUCGUCGCACGACUGCAGGGUAUCCCUGGAGUUCGAUAUUGACAGGCUUGCGGCAUCAGAACCGGGUCUAGGAGGUGCUUGGGGGGCGCGCUUCCUGGAGCGUUUGCUUGCGUUGCCUACCUGGCCGGCAAGUCGGCGGAUGCCGGGCGGCAGCAUGGCAGGCCGCGCGCGACGUGGUGCAUCCGCUCGAUCAGCUCUGAUGGCGGCGGCGUACCCCGUCGACGUGGAGGCCAGCUUCUGCCGGCGCACACGUACCGCCAUGCUCACCACCGCCCGCUACCCCAGCCGCGAGGCGAACCGCAAGCUGUUGCUGGAGCGCUACACGGAGCUGCUGAGGGCAGCCACUCAGGCGGUGGCCGGGGCCGCUCCUGCUGCUGCGGGUUCGCCGGUGAUGACUGGACAGUAGCGGUCUGCGAGCACUUGGCUAGCGGCGGGCGAUUCGGGUUGGGACUGGGACUGGGCCUCGGGAACGGUGGCUGGUGGUGACGGCGUGUGGACUCCUGGCGGACUGCUGCCGCCGGUUCGUGCCCACGUCGGUUCGAUGUGGAUAUAUGACACACAUGCGCCUUACUUUUGGGCAUCAUGGUUGGCGGCGGCUGGAAGGUGGAGACUGGGAUUGCAGGUGUACGCCUGUUUGUGAAUGUGCACAUUGUUGUGUAUUAAAUUGCAAUGCCGCCGUGUGGUGGUGUGUACACUGCCUGCCUCAUGGGUCACCGCUCGGGUCCGUCCUGGACACAUGUGAUUGCGUCCCUCUUAACAUCGCCUUUCGUACCCAUCGCCUCUCCCCCAGCCUCGUUCGAAUUUAAAUCCAACAACAAAAUUCUACUUUUCCGAUACACACAAGUACUUCAUUUCGGUUCGGCAGCGUAAUGCUCAGCUUGAUCCAACAUUUAAUGAUAAUUCCCCCCCCCCACGUAAUAGACAUCCCGGAAAUCACUUAAGACUUAUUCGGCCGUAGCUCAACGCAGCAAUGCGGAACCUGCCUAGGAGAGCGGUCAUCCAAGAAACGUCGCCAGACAGUCCUUAUCGAUUCGUGUCAUCCAUGUAUGUAUUUAUAGUUCAUGUCAUAAAUAAUUCCAUAGCCACUCGCCAACGUAAUGCAAGCAAGGCAUAUUACUACCCGUAUAUGUUUACCCAGAACUUCCACCUAACCGAAAGAACUGCAAAACUGCAUCAGGCCUCUACUCCUCUCAACUCUUCCGGUGAGCCAACUAUGUUCAACUAUCCCAAAAAACUAUGCACACAACAAAACAAACCAAGUUGUAUCACGUCUGCACCAACGUGAGGCCGGUUCCCGUGUACCGCCUACCCAGAUAGCCACCCUAAGGCCCCUUCCUUCCACGUCCAUUUCCGCCCGCCUGUCCGUCCGUAUGUAUGUAUACAUAUCUACAGAACCGAGAUGAUAUGCAAGGCUCAACCAUACCGCGACGCCAAACCUAUGCUUAUUGCACUGCGUGUGCGUAUUAAUGCACGUGAUUCGCGAUGUUCACACAUACACAAACGCUGCACUUCCCCCUCACGCCCUCAAACUUCUAUAUUCCUAUAUAUAAUACCCCCCGGACGGAUUCAAACAGCCCUCCAGACCUCCUUGCGUGUCUGUCAUCGUACACGCGCA